AGGUGAAGCCGCCGCCGAUGGAACCGGAGCCGCCGCCGGGCCGCUGAGCCCCCCCCGCCGCUCCCCGCGCCCGGGCCGGGCAGGGGGGGCCGCCCCGCGCCGAGACGGAGCGCAUCAUCCCGAGCAGUGCUGGAGGACCUCCCCCCGUUGGCCGCGGGGGUUAUGGGGAAGCGCUGCCCUUCCAUCCCACGUUGGUUGGUUGGCUUUGCUGUUGGUUGGCUUUGCUGUUGGUGACGGUGCGGCUUUUGAUGCUGCACGAAGAGCCCCCAACGAUGGCCUUCAUUGCUUCGAGCUCCGACUUCAUCCCCGGACCUCAUCGGCGCUGUGCGUCCUCCAUCCACGGCCCUGCGGGUGAAGUUAUGGCAACGGACGCCCCAGGAGGGGGGGCUGCCCCCGUGUUGGGGCGCAGUGUGGGGUCCUGAGCUGCUGCCCACCCCCCCCUAUUUGGCUUUGGGUUCGCACCCCGUGGAGUUUUCCUCCCUCCACCCCACGGAGCUCCGUCGGCCGCCCCGUUUCUGCUGCAGCGCCGGUUCAAAGUAAGGGAAGGAGAGCUGUUUGGUGAUGGAUAAAACACAACGGGCUGCUGCCUUUCCUCCUGGCUUUGGGGCUGCCCGGCCCCGUGGGACCGUAGAGAUGGACCUCGGUGCCGUUCCAAUGUUGCGGCCCUUCUUCUCUACGGCUCCGCGCGCUCCGAUUCGUGGCGAAGGCGGAAAAAAAGCUCUCAUGGUGGAAAACGGAGCGAAUGGAAACAAUGCUUCGGGAAGAGAAACUGCAGGGAUUGCGUCGUACCGCCCUCACCCCGCGUGUGAAGGCAGUGGGUCCAUCCUUGGGGGGGGGGGUCAGGGGGCUGCGAGCUGCGGGGAUGGCUGCGCAGGGCCGGGAUGGGGGGGCGCACGCUGACCCUGCUGUCCUCAGGAGCCCCCCCAUGUGUGCUCAGCACAGAGGACGUCUGGAUGGCUGCGUGCUCAGCCCCGGGCUUUGGUUAAACUGGGCUGCUGGGGGGGGGUUUGGUUUCCCUGAGUGCGGCCCCUGGGGGGGGCAGCCCUUCUUUUAGUGCUGAGCGCUGCUCCAGUUUCGGCGCGGCGGCGCUGAGGUCUCUGCUUGGUGGCACCAAAUGCUGUGUGUGUGGAGGGGCCGGGGGUUAGAAAUGAGGGGAGGGGGUCUCGGCCCCAUUGCCCACAGCUCAGAGGAGCUCAGGGCUGCGUGCCCACCGCUGCCAGGCUGGGCUGUGCUCCAGAGAGGGGACUUUCCCUGCACAGCUGAUGGCACUGCAUGCAGGCGAUGUCUGAGUGUAACGCAGCAGAGCGAAGCAAUGGGAAUGGACCAAUAAGAGCCACUUGGAUGCGGAAUGUGUGCGCUGUCCCAGCAGGCAGCGCACCUUAAGGAUGGAUAUAGAAGACUGUAAUGGACGGUCCUACAUAUCUGGCAGCGGGGAUUCCUCUCUGGAGAAGGAGUUCAGCUCGGCCAUCGUGGGAGCUGUGGUGAGCACACCCAACAGCCAGCACUCCUCCCCCAGCCGUUCCCUCAGCGCCAGCUCCAUCAAGGUGGAGAUGUACAGCGAUGAGGAAGGCAGCCGGCUGCUGGCGCAGGAGGACCGCAUGCUGGAGAAGGACGACAGCGUCAUCGUGGAGGAUUCCCUCUCCGAGCCCCUGGGUUACUGCGAUGGGCCAGGCCAGGAGCCACACUCCCCCGGUGGCAUCAGGUUGCCCAAUGGCAAAUUGAAGUGUGACGUGUGUGGCAUGGUGUGCAUCGGCCCCAACGUGCUGAUGGUGCACAAGCGCAGCCACACGGGAGAAAGGCCGUUCCACUGCAACCAAUGCGGGGCUUCCUUCACCCAGAAGGGAAACCUCCUGCGUCACAUCAAGCUGCACUCCGGAGAGAAGCCCUUCAAAUGUCCCUUCUGCAAUUAUGCCUGCCGGAGGAGGGACGCCCUCACCGGACACCUGAGGACUCACUCCGUCUCCUCCCCCACCGUCGGCAAGCCCUACAAGUGCAACUACUGCGGCCGCAGCUACAAGCAGCAGAGCACGCUGGAGGAGCACAAGGAGCGCUGCCACAGCUACCUGCAGAGUCUGAACACUGAGCCUCAGGCGCUGGCCGGCCAGCAAGGUGAUGAGAUGCGGGACCUGGAGAUCGUGCCGGACUCUCUGCUGCACCCCUCUGCCGACCGGCCGACGUUCAUCGACCGCCUGGCCAACAGCCUCACCAAGAGGAAGCGUUCCACGCCUCAGAAGUUCGUGGGAGAGAAGCAGAUGCGGUUCGCGCUGUCCGACCUCCCCUUCGAGGUGAACGCCGGCUUUGAGAAGGACGUGGAGAUGGUGUCGGCCCACCACCCCCUGGACCCCUCCUACGGCAGCUCCCUGGCUCUGAUGGGGGGCGAACACCUUCGCCCUCUCCGCCUGCCCCCCACAAACUGCAUCUCAGAGGUGACCCCCGUCAUCAGCUCCGUCUACACCCAACUCCAACCCCUGCCGGGCCGCCUGGAGCUGCCGGGUGGCCGCGACGUCGCCGAGGGCCACGAGGACGCGGCGGACGGGACGCAGGCGCUGUACCGGGGACGGGAGGGGGGCGGCGCAUCGCCCACCAACGGCUGCCACGACUCCACGGACACGGAGAGCAUCCACGAGGAGCGGACGGCUCAGCCCCCGCCGGGAAACGGCCCCGGCAGCCGUCACAGCCCGGCGUACGCCAAAGAGGACCCCAAAGCGGCGGAGGGAGCGACGCGUUCGGCGCCGAGCGGCGGCGGCGGCGGCCGGGAUGCGCUGCGGGUGGUGACGGAGGACGGGGAAACGGUGCGAGCCUUUCGCUGCGAGCACUGCCGCAUCCUCUUCCUGGACCACGUCAUGUUCACCAUCCACAUGGGCUGCCACGGCUUCAGAGACCCUUUCGAGUGCAACAUCUGCGGCCAUCACAGCCAGGACCGGUACGAGUUCUCCUCGCACAUCGUGAGGGGAGAGCAUAAGGUUGGCUGAGCCCCCCCCCCCCACCAACCCCCCCAUCUCACCUUCUCCCCCCC